AUGUCUAUUACGACGAAUAAUAUAUCUAUUGAUAAUCUCGAUGAAUUCGAUCGACAAAAAAAACAAGCAGAAAUGAUUCGUCAAUAUUUACAAGUUACAAAUAUUGAUGCAAAUCCUUUACCUAUAAUACAUACGACAUCAGAAUCUGAUUCUUCGACAGCAUUUACCACAACUCUAUUACCAUUAUCAUCACUUAAUUUUAAUGAACUUCGAAAAGAUUUAAAACUAGCUGAAGAACGUGUUGAGCGUUUACGCCAAGAAUUAAAAGAAAUGCAAAGAAAACGUGAUGAAUCUUUAUUAACAACAUCACCACCACCAUAUGUACUACCAUCAAUUAAUAAGACUAAUGCAGAUUUUUUAUAUCAUAAUCUUUCAACAUGUAUUAAUAGAGGAAUUAUAGAUAAAACAUCACCAUCCAUUCUACAAGGAUUUUUCUUAUCACAACAACAAAGUCCACGACAACUGACUAAUAGUGCAAUUUCAUCAUCAUCAUUACUAUUACCUAGUUUUAAUUCUGCUAAUCAUUUAUCAACAAAUCCAGCUGAUAUAUCUAAAGAUCAUCGACAACAACAAUUUCUUUUAACAAUGCGUCAACAUCGUGAACAACUUAUUGUCUAUAUUGAUUCAUUAAAACAGGCACUUAGUUCACUUGAUCGAUUAGCUUCAUUAGAACCAACUCGUAGUGAAAUUCAUCUCGCUAAUAUGAAACUUGAUACGAUUCAACAAAAAAGCCGACAACUUCGUGCUCUAAAAUCACAUCGUUCAUCUCAGCAAUCUCCAUUUAUUGAAUGUCGUAUACGUCAAUUAGAACAUGAUAUAGUUUAUAUGUUAAGUGAACAUCAAAAAGAUGUACAAGCUAAACUUGAAUUAAAUGAACAACGAAGUCUUAUGCUACUUAAAAUAAUGCAAGUAACAGAUGAAUUAGCUGCUGUUGAUCAGCAAAUACAACAAUUAUUAUCGCAUACAACAUCAAAUAUGGACAUACACCGUACAAAUUCAUCUCUAUCAUCUAAUGAGAUAAAUCAACAACAAUCAUUACGAGUUAUUAAUUUAUCAAAUAAUAUUGACGGAAGACGUGUUUCAUUUCGAGAACCAAUUGACAAUAAUUCCUUGACAAAAUUAACUAAUGGAUAUUAUCUUCAUCGUCAUUAA